GAGUGGGGCCGGCGCGGGCUGCGGCGGCUCCUCGCAGCCCCUGGGCCGCGCCCGGAUACCGGCCGCCGCUUAGAUCGCCUUAGCGGAGCGCUGCUGGGCAGGGCAUGGAAGAUGGAGUCUUCAAAUAAAACUUCACAGAAACCUUUGCGAUCAAAAAAACCUAUGACUCCAAGUAAUGGAAAGCAAGUAAAAAUGCCAGAUAAAAUAAAGAAUGCUUCAGCAGAGGAGAAGAUUUUGUGGGGCUUGCAAACUAAAGAUCAUUCUCUUCAACCAAGUACCUUAGAUAUAAUCUGUAAAAGUAAGGAUUAUGUCAAAAUAAAAGUAUUUUCUGAAUCAAAUGCAAGUUCAGUGCUACCUGAAAAAAAACCGUCAGUGAUUCUACCAAGAGUCAGCAUUAGCUCGGUAGCCAGCCAGGAAUGUUGUUAUGAUGUAAGCGUUGAUCCAGAUAUUAGUCAAGAAGAAUGUCAAGAUCCCAUGCCUGGUAUAAUUUGCAACAGAAAUUCAGAUGCAAAACAGCUUUUAAAUGCUGGAUGUUUAAAAGUCGUAUUUCAUAAGUGGUAUGAAAAUGCUGUAAACAUAGCACCAUCCAAGUCAGUUGAAGUGUGUUUGUGCUCGAGCCUGAAUGAACUGCCCAUUGAUGAGUUAAAAGAGAGCGCUGCUGAGGCUGCGGUUGACGAUGAUAGUAAGGGUAAGAGAACUAACAGUGUCCUUCCCAUCCUGGAAAAGAUGGGCAUAAAACCUGGAACAAAGCCUGCUAAAAAACUUGUUCCAGUGUUAAAAAAAAUAGAUGAAAUAGAUGCUUCAAAAAAGAAAACAGAAAAUUGUGCUGUCUUAGUUACUCCCAUGAAGACUACAGGAAACAGAAACACUGCUCUGUCUAGGGGUAAAGUGUCUGGUGGAGAUGAUAGUCCAGAUAUUUCUGAAGAUGAUGAAAUUAUGCUGCCAGAUGCGUUGUGUGAGUCUGAUAUAGAGAACACUCAAAGGAAGAGGGUGUGCUCAGGAAGUAAGGAAAAUAUCCAGUGUAAACGCGUUAAAAUUUCUGAUGAAAACAAGAAAGAGAAUAUUUGUACAAUGUCAAAAAAGGAAGAAAAUCUUUUGGGAAAGCUCAAACUUGUGAUUCGUGAGCGGAUGGAAAUUUUAAAUAGUGACUUCUUUAAUCGUAAACUGGAAGGCUUAAGUGGAAGAAUUGAACGGGCACAGUGCUGGAAAAAACAUGAAGAACUAGCUAUAACAUUCCUAAAAAAAGUAUCAAAGCUUGAGAGACGCAUUAACACUGUGAUAGCAUUUCAGAAGAAAGUUUUGUCAAAAAUGGUUGUUAAUCAGGCAAGGCUUCCUAGUGCAGACUCGCAAAAUAUAAUUCUAAACCAGCUUGGAUCCUCUGCUUCCUUUGCAAAUGCCAUAAAUGCGCAAGAAAGAUGCUCAAAUGAAUUUUUACUGUCAUCCCACACUGAUUUCACUUCAUGUGUUUCAGAAGAUGCAAGCUCUGAUGAAGUCAUACUGAUCUCUGUGGAAGGCCAAAAUUCAGCAACUGCAAAUAAUUCAGAUAUUCCAAAUAACCGUGUAUCUACACGAGCAGAAAAGUCAGCAACAGCUCAGAGUGAAAUAAGACAACUUGAAGUGAUUGACCUAACAGAAGAAGAAAAGCACAACUCCAGCAAAGGCAAAACAGAAAAAGAUCAGAAAUCUGUAUCACAUGAAAGGAGUUCCAAACCAGUAUGCUUCAGUUCAGCUCACUUAGCGCUAACGGCGGAAACAUCAGAUGAGGCUCCCAAGCAGUUUCCACAUCUUCCUCCGCUGCCAAGGAUCCCUCCUUGUCCAGAACUCGCUGAAGAAUUCAGAGACACUGUCCCUCCUCAGAAGCCUGAACUAAAAGUGGCUCAGGUGCAAAAUCCAAAGGGGAUUGGACUGUCAUGGACCCUUAAGGAAAUAGAUCCAAAGUGUGCUCCUCUAGACAGUUAUCACUUGUACCUGUUCCGUGAAAACCCCAGGAACACUUCUGCAUCACGUUGGAAGAAAAUAGGCAAAAUAAGGGCUUUGCCACUUCCAAUGGCUUGCUCUUUAUCACAGUUCACUAUCCCAGAGACAUACUACUUUGCCAUUCAGUCAAAAGAUGUAUGUGGACGUUACGGACCAUUUUGCGAUAUACAGUCUAUUACCUUAAGUCUUUAAAAAAAACGCUUGAAGACCCAGACUACCUCAGCAACUGGUCUGUUGUUUCAGUGAGAAGUACUACAUUCUUACUUGCAAUAAGAUUUGAAUCAAAGUGUUAUUUGUACUGCAGACAGCGUUAACUUCCGUAUGUUUCCGGCUUGUUACCAUCUUUCUUACAUUACAAACUUCAUUAGUUUUGUAAACUUAUUUCUACAGCCUUAAAGAUGAAGACUUUUUUAAAAAACUUACUUCCGCAUUUUACUUUCUUGCAUCUUUACUGUUACAUUGGAAGGGAUUAUGGGCUAUAUGAAAGAAUUGAAAAUUCUAAUAAAAGUUUCUUCAUUAUUUUGAGUGGCAUUAAUGAACCAUGAUCUAAACUGUUUUGAAUGCUGGCAAAGGGAUAGGCUCACCUUUCUUACUCCUGUUUUUAAAACAUGUAGGAAGAUUUCUUUCAUUGUUCCUAAAUGGCACAAGCUUCCCAAGUUUAAGUUUUUAAAGAUACGUUAGUUCAGACAACAUUGCUGUAGUAUCUGUUAUUUUGAAGCUUCUAAGAACCACGUAAAAUUGCCUGUUAAUGUAGCUGUGAUAAUAAAAUAGUUAAUGCUUAAGAGCACAGUUCCUAA